UCUCUAAAACGCUCAACGCUUUGCCGUCUUUGUCAAAUUGUGUUUUGUUCCUUCCUUCGUCAAACACCCCACUGUCUAGUUCCCAUCUCUCUGUCUGUCUCUCUGUCUCUCUCUCUCUCUCCCCAUCAGUAGCAAACUUCCAUAGCUUUUGAAACUAUUUUUCUUUCUUCUUCUUAUUUUAUUUUAUUUUUUUCAUUCCCACUGUACUGGCCUCUACAGGCACCAUCCACAAAGAAUUUGUGCCUCACAUUUUCUUUUAAAUUUUUAAAUUUUUUUGGAACAUAGGAAGCUAUUCUCUCUCUGUCUCUCUCUCCCUCUCUCUCUCUCUCUCUGUGUGUCUCAGGCUGAGAGUAGAUUAGGGUUUGGUUUUCUUUAGUGGGUAAUUUAGCCCUGAAUUGGGUAGGGCUAGAACUAGAACUUUCCCUUUUUUUUUUUUUUUUAAAUUGAUUUUCUGGUGCUGCAAUAUAUAGUUAGGGAGUUAUGGUGAGGAGACAUGGAUGGCAACUGCCAGCUCACACCUUUCAGGUUGUUGCAAUUACCGUAUUUUGCUUGUUGGUUGUCGCAUUCUAUGCUUUCUUUGCCCCUUUCCUUGGAGGCCAAAUCUGGGAGUAUGCCUUGUUUGGCACUUAUUCGCUGGUGGCACUGCUUGUUUUCAUUCUUUAUGUUCGGUCUACUGCAAUUAACCCUGCAGAUCCUGGAAUUAUGUCUAAAUUUGAUUUUGGUUAUAAACCCAAUUCAAAGCUUGAGCUAUCGACCAACUCUAGAAAAUUUAAUGAACUUGGCACUGCAACACAUUCUUCUCCAUCAUCGGCUAGAAGUUCCAUGACAGGAGUAAACUCUGUCAGGAAAGGUUCAGAAGAACAGACGAGGAUCGAUAUGCAGAUGGAACCCCCUAGUGGAAGAUCAUCAUGUCAUAUUGUUCGAGGAAUUUUAUGUGCAGCAUUUGUACAUGAAGAUUGCCGCAAACAAGAUGAGGCUGCUGAUCAACAGGGCACAGGUGAAGAUGCUUUGUACUGCACAUUGUGCGAGGCUGAGGUGCGCAAGUUCAGCAAACACUGUAGAAGUUGUGAUAAAUGUGUGGAUGGAUUUGAUCACCAUUGUCGGUGGCUCAACAACUGUGUAGGGAGAAAAAACUACCUAACUUUCAUUUCUCUUAUGGCCACUAGUCUCGUUUGGCUUGUUAUUGAAGCUGGAGUUGGUAUCGCUGUUCUAGUGCGGUGCUUUGUCCAUAAGAAAAGCAUGGAGGCUGAUAUAGUUGAUAGACUAGGGCAUGGUUUCUCUCUUGCUCCAUUUGCAACUGUUGUGGCUGUUUGUACGGCAGUUUCGAUGCUGGCAUGUGUACCCUUGGGUGAACUUUUCUUUUUCCAUAUGAUACUGAUUAGAAAGGGUAUUACAACCUAUGAAUAUGUUGUUGCAAUGAGAGCCAUGAGUGAGGCACCUGCAGGAGGGUCCGUAGAUGAAGAAUUGGGAAAUGUGUUGUAUUCUCCAACAGGGUCUGCUACAACUGGCUUCAGUGGUGGAAGUUCUCUGGGCCUGCAGUACAAGGGAGCGUGGUGCACCCCUCCUAGGGUGUUUGUUGAUUAUCAGGAAGAAGUUGUACCUCACUUGGAUCCUGGAAUGGUCCCAUCAACAGUUGACCCUGAUGCAGCUGGAAACAAGUUACCUAAAAGGCCAGUUCGGAUCAGUGCUUGGAAGCUUGCAAAGUUGGAUUCAAAUGAGGCUGUGAGAGCUGCAGCAAAAGCCAGGGCAUCCUCAUCUGUACUACGACCUGUUGACAAUCAACGUAUGCAAGAUCCUGAAUUGAGCUCUAGCGGCAACUUGAGCGUGAGAAGCAGUGUGAGCACUGACAUGGGUGGAAACAAAGACGCCAAGAAUGAAUUCAAACUCUCUCCUUUGAGAAACUCUUUUGGUCCGAGUCAAGGUAGCCGAGAUGAAUAUGAAACCGGCACUCAAAGCGUUAGUAGCUUCAGCAGUCCAAGUCACGUUCAUGACUCGGUUACCCUAAGUCCCCUUCCUCAGGCUCAUGGUUUGAGCCAUUUUAGUGCGGUGGCUGGUUCAAAACCUAGCUUUGUUCAAGACCGUCCGACCCAAAGUUCAAGGGAAGCUUUCCCUAGCAUUAUCAGCAACCCAAUAUCCCAUAUUUCUGCCGGAUUUGAUGAAAAAAUCGUGCAAAGGCGGAGUAGCGCUGGUGAUCCGUUAUUGCACUCUGGUCCGGCUACUUCUCUCCUCAGAGACAUUAAAAGGACUUCGGUUGUUUGGGAUCAAGAAGCUGGAAGGUAUGUUUCGGUUCCUGUAUCAGCUUCAGAAGCACGAGGCAGACCAUCCUGGCAGACUAUAGCAUCAAACCCUAAUAUUGAAAUAAGUAGUUCUGAUCGAAGGCCUGUUGUUCUGCCUCGAGAACCCUCAUCAUCUGUUGCCAAGGCUCCGUUAGAGCAGUCGGAGAAGCUGAUGUACACAGGGGAGUCUAUUUUCUUUGGGGGACCACUAUUGAGUGUCCCGGUUAGGGAUCGUUUGGGAAAUGAGAAAUCGGGGUUGAGACUGGGCCAAGAUAGGGUGGUGCUAAACUUGCCUCGGGAAUCGACCUCUAACCCCCUUAGGAGUAGUGGGGUUUUUGAGCUGAAUCCUCCGGCUGGAUCAUCAGGUUUGAAAAAUAAAUAGGUCAUAACUCAAAACAUGCGAAUGAACUAAUGUUGUGAAAUUUCUCGCUUUUUUAGAGGGGGGUUGAUGACCUACCCGAAGGCUGCAGAAGCUGAAGAACAAACCUUUGUUUGGAGCUACUACUUUUUACAACUUGGAUUGGAACCUUGAAAGCAUAAACAAGCCACUACAUUCCCACUGAAUUCGAAUUGCCAGGUUGCAACGGUUUCGUUUCUGAGAAAUUUCUCUGAUUUAACACGUUGGUAACUAGAUUGAAGGGUUUUGCAUGAUUGAGCUUCAUCAAAAAGUUUCAAAGAGAUUCAGCGGCAUCGGGACUUUGGUAUAUGGCUUAGUGAGAAGCUCAAGCACUUUGUCUUGAUUAUGUUUAUUGUAAAAAGUAAGAGCUAGUUGAGAGACAAUUACUCAUUUAAUAUGUUCUGCGGUUCUUCAUUUAUUAAGAGUACUACGUGAUACUUCGGAAUUUAAUGGCUCUAGUUGAGAGAAUUUCUUUUUCUUUUGGGAGAAAAUUUCAGAAAAAAACUCCUCUGGAGGGUGAUUGGAGAAGAUGGCUAACAGGUUUGCUGGUUAAA